UGGUCAGACAACCGGCUACACAGACAUGGCGACCACCGAGGCGAAACGAGAAGCGGUUGCUGCUGAAAGUGAUGAAUUUUCUCACGAAGUUAAGCGGGCAAAAACUGACCAGGAGAAGGGGAGAGAGGAUGGGAAAGAAUCUCAAAGCGAAAACAUUCUGGCAGGAUUUAAAACGUCCAAAGUCUUGAGUGAUUCUGCACGAGAGAAAAUCAUGUUUAUCCACGGAAAGAUUGAUGAUCAGGAUGCUGUGGUGGUCCUGGAGAAAACUCCAUUCAGAGAAGAAACCCUCACUGAUCUCUUCAGUAGCUCCUCACUGAGGCUGGAGAUGAAGAACGAUAUCUACAGCAGCUAUCGGCUCCAGGCACCUCCUCACCUCAAUGAGAUUAAGACCACAGUGAUGUAUCCAGCCACAGAGAAACAUGUAAAGAGAUACCAGCAGCAGGAGAGCUUCCUAGUGGAGGAGACAGAGGAAGAUUACCACUCCAUCUCUUUACCUUAUAUUGAGAAGCACAGCUUAGGCCUGCAGUGGGUUUACAACAUCCUGGAGAAGAAGGCAGAGACUGAGAAGGUAGUUUAUGAAGAUCCAGACCCGGAUGUGGGAUUUGUCCUGCUUCCUGAUUUAAAAUGGGACCAAAAACAGCUCGACAACUUGUAUCUGAUUGCAAUCACGCAUCAGAGAGACAUCAAGAGUCUUCGGGACCUGACACCAGAGCAUCUGCCGCUGCUGCAGAACAUCUUCCAGAAAGGAAAGGAUGCCAUCCUGCAGCGUUACAACCUUCCAGCCAGUAAGCUGAGGGUCUACCUGCACUACCAGCCCUCAUACUACCACCUCCACAUCCACUUCACCAAGCUGGGCUACGAGGCGCCGGGCUGCUGCGUGGAGCGUGCCCACCUCCUUUCAGACGUCAUCCAGAACCUCCAGUCUGACCCGUGCUACUACAAAACCCGGACGCUGUACUUCCCGCUGAGGGCGGACGACGGGCUGCUGGACAAGUUCAGGGAGGCGGGGAGGCUGUAGCAGAGCGUCCAGGAACGACUGAAGGUUGCUUCUUCAGCUGCCUGUCCCUUCGUGAACUGGUUCCUGGCCGACUUUGUUUAGAGCUUGAUUUUAAUAUUUGAUAAGACUUCUUUUUAAAUCAUGAGUUCAUUGUGACAUUAGAGUGGAAGGCGUAUUUUUGUUUUGUUUUUCAUAUAUUUGACUGAAUGUCCACUAAAUUAAAGUCAGCUUUUUCUACAGAAUUUGCUCAAUAAUCUGUUUCAGAUGUUGCAUUCAGUGACCUGUUGAAGACAAACUGGUUUAAGAAACUUGUGAAGCUCAGUAUAAUUCUUCAUUUGGUGAGAGCUUGACAUUUUGGGAGGUUUUCCCCUCCCUUUUUUAUAGCUGUUUUCAGUUAGAUGGGUGAAGCUGUGCAGGACUAAAACCUGAUGUCCAGUCUGCGGUUUUGUAAACAUAGACUAACUUUGACCUUUUGUCUUUUUACCUGAUUAUUUCUCAUCAUGGUGAAGUGGACGUAUUACAAUGCUGGUGGCAGAAGUCUCACUCUACAACACUAGGUGGCACUGUUAGAUCAUUUUUUUGACCGAAACUUGCUGUAACAAUCUCUAGGACCUGGUCUGUAUCCACCAACUUCUUUAUAUAUUUGCAGGAAUAAGUUGCUAUAAUUAACUGAAACAUGAAAUAACAAGUACAGGAUAAAAGGCAAAAUCAAUUUCUCCAUCUCUAGUUGGCUUGAAGGUCAAUGUUUAGUCUGAGCAGCUUUAUUCUUCAACAAAGUCUGAGUGAACCCUGUUAGACAAACUUUCCAAAUGUUGUUUUUUGCUCCGUUCUCUGUUCAGAUGAUCCCACACUGCUUUGGUAAUGUUGAGGUCUGGGCUCUGGGAAGGACCCAUCCCUCUCUCAGACCUGUUGCCACAGAUUUUCAGUCCAGUUCUUGUGUCAUUUGGCAUACCUCAGAAGCCAUGGCUGCUCCAUGGAGACCCUUUCUAAGGCUUCAGUGAACAGCAGAUGAACUGCAGGUCCAGAUGCAGCUCUGGGCUCCUGUUUCAGAAACUGUUAAUCUGAUGUAGAUUGGUUAUUCUCCACUUUUCUUGUUUUUCCUUAUUCUUUAAGAACAUGAUGCUGAAAAUUUGUGAAGUUUUUGGUGCAAUAACACAAUUUUAUGUCUUUUGAGCCAUAUUUCUUGCAGAUACUAAGACUGAGAACAAAUGAUGUGUUUUUGUUUGAAGAUGUGACUUAAGCUGUUACGUUUUUAUGCUUGAAUGAUUCAUAAAUCAGAAAGUGGCUUAACAAACAAACAAAAAACACUCCUCUGAAA